CAUAUAAUCUUUACUGUAGAUAAAUCAUCUGUUUCUGAUUACCUUCAUCAGAAAUCACUUCUGAUCAUUCGAAUAUUGUAUCAUAUCUUUAUAAUAUAUAAAUCUAUACAUAUAUAUGUAUGUUUAUGUUAUUCAACUCCAUGCCUGCUGCUUCCACUCAUUAAAUCCACUUCAUCUUAAUUAAAUUCAGAUAUUUGGAGGGAUCUUAUUUUCCUGCUGAUGUUAUUACGUCGGUAUUGUAAUACACUAAAAAAAUACAGAACAAAUGCCAUCACUAAAGAUGAAAAUGAAGUCAACCAUGGGCUGUUUGCGAGAAAAGAACGGCCUCCAUGUUUGUCAAAGAUCGAGCAAGAUAUUCAAGAACUCGUCGUUACAAGCUAAAAGUUUCCAAGAAGAAUAUCAACUCGAGUCGUUUACAUCUAACAAAAAGGAUGAUUGUGUUUGUAGUGAAGCCACUGCGCAGGAUCUUAGGAGCGAUGAAACUAGCUGUUGUGAGUUUUUUGAUGAAGAAAGUAUACAGGAUCAUACAAAAGCCAACUGCUCUUCAACGGUAGAAACUAUCUUUUCACCCAUACCACAAUCAACAGACAAUAACAGUGAAGCAACUCCUUCAUGUGAUGGAGGGAGUGAAAAGGAUCUUGUAGCGCCAUCGCUAGAAGAUAAAGAUAGUGACAGUAUAAACAAAAACUCAUGCGAAUAUCAAAGUUGUAACGUGUCAGAUUUCUUCAUUUCCGACAUGAUUGUUUCUAGCUCACCCGUUGACGAACCUACAUGCUUACCGGAUUAUGGAUGUGAUGAAUCAAGCAUAUUUUUAGACGAUGAAUACAUGGUACUAACUUUUCUUGCGGAUAGCAAUGAUUGUGAUGACAGAAUAAAAAACAGUUCGGAACCUAUAAUGGCUUCAGAAGAAUCAAACUUGUAUCUAGCAAUUCAUCAGCUGACAUCAUGCAAUCAAGAACCCGAUGUUAAUAAUUAUCCAGAUUGGGAUCCGGCAGAAUGUUUGGAUCCACAAAUGUUUAUCAAACUGCCCGAUCUUUCCGAAGUGGAAACAAAUUUAUCGCCCUGGAAAAGAAAAAGUGUCACGCUUGUACUUGAUUUAGAUGAAACACUUGUCCACUCGUCAUUGGAACACUGUGAUGAUGCGGACUUCAGUUUUACGGUAUUUGUUGAUUUCAAAGAGCAUACGGUCUAUGUGAAGCGGAGGCCUUACCUUAAAGAAUUCUUGGAAAGGGUUUCGGAAAUGUUUCAAGUUGUGGUGUUUACGGCGAGUCAAAGUAUUUACGCAAAUCAACUACUGGAUAUAUUGGAUCCAGAUGGAAAAAUCAUCUCUCGUCGCGCUUAUCGAGAAUCUUGUAUUUUUGCUGAUGGAAGUUAUACCAAAGAUCUAACUGUUUUAGGUGUUGAUCUUGCUAAAGUUGCCAUAAUUGAUAAUUGCCCACAGGUUUUCCGAUUGCAAGUAAAUAAUGGAAUUCCAAUAAAGAGUUGGUUCAAUGAUCCAUCAGAUUGUGCAUUAAUUACCUUACUACCCUUCCUUGAGACACUAGCAGAUGCAGAAGAUGUCCGUCCACUAAUCGCCAAAAGAUUCGAUGCAUAUGUGCAGGUGAAAUGAUGAUCUUUAAUGGGUUGAUAGCCGAAUGCAUUAUAAUAGGUAUUAUUCUUUUAUAAUUGUAAAUUAUCGUAUACCAUUAUAUGCAAAUUCCUCUGCCUGUAACAUAACUUAUGUUUUUGACACAAGCAGCAGGUAGAUUUUUGUUUACUUUUCAUGGAUGUUGACUUUUAAUAUGUAGACCGGUGUUGACUUGAUAUAGUUUAAAAGUCCCUAAUCCAUUAGGUUAAUUUCCAACAGUUUGAACGCUCCUAGUUUUUAUAGGUAAAUUUGCGUCCACUUCAAGUCUAAAACUUUCUGUUAAAAGCUAGAUAUGUGUUGACAUUUUAUUUUAUGUUGACUUUUAACAGGUAGAUUUGUGUUGACUUCUUAUAGAUUUCAAAGUCCCUAAACCUUUCUGAAAGUUGUAUUUUAUCUUUAGAUAUUAAAUCAUCUUCACAUAGAAGAUGCAUGCUUGACUCUCUUAUAUUCUUUUUUAAGUUGUGAAAAAUGUGUUAGAACAUCUUAUUAUAAUCUGAUGUUGAUGUACAAUAUUUAGGUACAAA